GAGAAAGAUCUUGCAGCUAUAGAGACUGCUGCUGUCAGCACCAGCAUGUCUUACAGUGUGACCCUGACUGGGCCUGGGCCCUGGGGCUUCCGUCUGCAGGGAGGCAAGGACUUCAACAUGCCGCUCACUAUCUCCCGGAUCACACCAGGCAGCAAGGCGGCCCAGUCCCAGCUCACCCAGGGUGACCUCGUGGUAGCCAUUGAUGGUGUCAACACAGAUACCAUGACCCACUUGGAGGCCCAGAACAAGAUCAAGUCUGCCAGCUACAACCUAAGCCUCACACUGCAGAAGUCAAAGCGUCCCAUCCCCAUCUCCACAACAGCGCCCCCGAUCCAGUCCCCUCUGCCAGUAAUCCCUCAUCAGAAGGACCCUGCUCUGGACACGAACGGCAGCCUGGUGGCACCCAGCCCCAACUCCAAGACAAGGGUCGGCCUGGGCACCCCGGAGCUCAGGCAGACCUUUAGCUCUUCCUUCUCCCAGACCUCCGUCUUCUCCUCACACACAGAGGCCUCUGAUCUCGGCCCUACACAGGGCAGCCCAGGGGCCCUGGACUCACUCAGCCAGAAAAUGCCACUGGGCUCGAGCCAGCCAAGGCAGUAUAACAACCCCAUUGGCCUGUACUCGGCAGAGACCCUGAGGGAGAUGGCUCAGAUGUAUCAGAUGAGCCUCCGAGGGAAAACCUCAGGUGCUGGACUCCCAGGAGGGAGCCUUCCUGUUAAAGAUCUUACUGUAGACAGCGCCUCUCCUGUGUAUCAGGCUGUGAUUAAGAACCAGAACAAGCCGGAAGAUGAGGCUGAUGAGUGGGCCCGCCGCUCCUCCAACCUGCAGUCUCGCUCCUUCCGUAUCCUGGCCCAGAUGACAGGGACAGAAUACAUGCAAGACCCUGAUGAAGAAGCUUUGCGAAGGUCAAGGCCCCAGGCUUCUGCCUACAGUCCCACCAAUGUGACCUCUCCAGCACCUGCCGCCCAUACAUACAGUGAGACCCAAGCCGCCCCUGCGCCCAAGCCCCGGGUCGUCACCACUGCCAGCAUUCGGCCUUCUGUCUACCAGCCAGUGCCUGCAUCUACUUACAGCCCAUCCCCUGGGGCCAAUUACAGUCCAACUCCCUACACCCCCUCCCCUGCCCCUGCCUAUACUCCAUCGCCUGCCCCCACCUAUUCCCCCUCACCAGCACCAGCCUAUACCCCCUCACCAGCCCCAAGCUAUAACCCUGCACCCUCAGUGGCCUACAGCGGAGGCCCUUCUGAAUCUGCCAGCCGCCCCCCAUGGGUGACAGACGACAGCUUCUCUCAGAAAUUUGCCUCUGGCAAGAGCACCACUUCCAUCAGCAAGCAGACCCUGUCCCCAGGAACCCCUGCCUACACCCUAACAGGUUCCCAAGUGUCCCCCCUUGCCAGGGGCACCUUCCAGAGGGCCGAGCGCUUCCCAGCCAGCAGCCGGACUCCGCUCUGUGGCCACUGCAACAAUGUUAUCCGGGGCCCCUUUCUGGUAGCCAUGGGCCGCUCCUGGCACCCAGAAGAAUUCAACUGUGCGUACUGCAAGAACUCCUUGGCAGAUGUGUGCUUUGUGGAGGAGCAGAACAAUGUUUACUGUGAGCGGUGUUAUGAGCAGUUCUUUGCCCCAAUCUGUGCCAAGUGCAAUACCAAAAUCAUGGGGGAAGUGAUGCAUGCCCUGAGACAGACAUGGCACACCACCUGCUUCAUCUGUGCAGCCUGCAAGAAGCCCUUCGGGAACAGCCUCUUCCACAUGGAAGAUGGGGAGCCCUACUGUGAGAAAGACUACAUCAAUCUGUUCAGCACCAAGUGUCAUGGCUGUGAUUUCCCUGUUGAGGCUGGUGACAAGUUUAUCGAAGCUCUGGGGCAUACCUGGCAUGAUACCUGCUUCAUUUGCGCAGUCUGCCAUGUGAAUCUGGAGGGGCAGCCAUUCUAUUCCAAGAAAGACAAACCUCUGUGCAAGAAGCAUGCACACGCCGUCAAUGUUUAGGAAGCCCAAGGCUUCUGAUGCAGACAGGUGGUGAGCUGCUCCUGCUGUUGGCAACAAAGGAUUCAAGGAGGCUGAUAUCUCUUUUGGGGGUAAAGGGAGAAGACAGGAAGUAACUGAGCCCUUUUAAAGUGUAAUUUUAGUCUUUUUUUCUGCACACAGAUUGUGUAUUUGCAUAGUUCAGACUAAAAGCCAAAUGAAAAUCCCUAAACCAAGCUAGUAAUUAAUCCAAGACUGGAAUCGUACUUUAGACAUUAGGACAGAAUUCUAAGAACUGAAAAGAGAAAAACAAAAAGUAACUUUCCCAAGGUGAUAUACUUCCUGAGGUCACCAGAGCAGGGACAGAGCCCAGAGCAGUUACAGAGAAUCUGAAACAUUCUGUGGAGUUCUUUAGAGCUCCUCUGGCAAACGAAAUGAAGUGCCAAACAGUCCUCCCUGCA